UGAGUGAGCAGAGAGCAAGAGCCAUAGAAAUCCAUGGAGUCUGAAAAUAGUAUCAGUCCAACUGUUUCCUCACACCAGAGAACCCGCAGUGGGGGCAAAUCAUUUAAAUGCACAGAAUGUGGUAAGAAUUUCAACUGUAGAAGUCAUCUUACUCGACAUCAAAGGAUACAUACAGGAGAGAAACCAUAUCAGUGCACAGAAUGUGGGAAGAGUUUCAGCAUAAGAGGAAGCCUUACUGUCCACCAAAGAAUUCACAGUGGAGAGAAACCAUAUCAAUGCCUGGAGUGUGGAAAGAGUUUCCGUGUUGCUGGAAGUCUGACAAUACAUCAACGACUUCAUACAGGUGAAAAGCCUUAUAAAUGCACGGAGUGCAAAAAGAGCUUCCGUUUAAGCAGUAACUUACUUUUACAUAAACGAAUCCACACAGGAGAGAAACCAUAUAAAUGCCUAGAGUGUGGAGAGAGCUUCAAUAACAAAGGAAGUCUUACUGGCCACCAAAGAAUCCAUACAGGGGAAAAACCAUGUACAUGCCUAGUGUGUGGAAAGAGCUUCCGUUUAAGUACUAUCCUUUCUGCACAUCGAAGAGUCCACACAAAGAAGAAACCACAUAAAUGUAUGGAAUGCGGAAAGAGCUUCGGUUCGAGUCAAGAGCUUACUUUGCAUCGAAGACUCCACACAGGAGAGAAACCAUAUAAAUGCCUGGAGUGUGGAAGGACCUUCCGGGAAUCAGGGAAACUAACUCUGCACCAGAGAACCCACACAGGAGAGAGACCAUAUACCUGCCUAGAGUGUGGAAAGAGCUUCCGCCAAAAGCCGCAUCUUACUACGCACCUGAGAAUCCACACAGGGGAGAAGCCAUAUAAAUGCCUAGAAUGUGGAAAGAGCUUCAAUAAUGGCGGAAAUUUCAGUAAUCAUCAAAAAAACCACACUGGGGAGAAACCGUAUAAAUGCAUGGAGUGUGGAAAGAACUUCCGCUUAAGUACCAGCCUUACUUUGCACCAAAGAACCCACACGGGUGAGAAACCGUAUAAGUGCACCACCUGCGGGAAAAGCUUCAGUCAACAUUCACACCUUUCCAUUCACCAGAGAAGCCACACAGGAAAGAAACCAUAUCAAUGCACAGAAUGCGGAACGCGUUUCAGCUGUAAAGAUAGCGUUACUCGUCAUGAAAGGAUGCAUGCGCAGGAAAAACAGCCAAAUGCAAAGACCUCCAGUGAAAAGAGGAAACUGCGCUUCAAAAAGCCAUUGUAGAGCUUGUUCCAAGUUUUUAUCAGAAUUUUCCUAAUUGGGUGUUUAUUAAAGUUUGGGUCUACUGGCCCUU